GCAAGCCGGUGUUGAGGGUCUUCAAUUAGAAAACUAGAUGUCUACUAAAUCCGCCUACGCCGGAUCUAUGCAGACGCACUCCAUGGCCCCAUCAGUCACAUCACAUCACGACACUGCUCACGCCAUCGCCCAAAAAAUCAAUAGAAAAAUAUCUCGUCGGUGCAAGCAUGCAAGAAGGUCAUCUAGUUGAAGACCUGCUAAACAUAGCAGACGCACCUAAUCCUUCCAAACCAAAUCACAUCACGACGAAAUAAACAAAACGGAAUCGGAAUGAUAACAUUCGAAAUUCAGCUAUAAGAUAAGAUACAAUUUGAAAUUAUACUGUUUAAGUAUUUCUAUGUUUGCAGUCUAUCUGGAAAGCAAUUGUGUGAUUGUGUGAAAACAUGAUAACUCAGAGACGCCCGCGGAAUCAGUUAGCUGAUGAAGCCUAAGUGAACAGCUUACAGUAAAAUCACCGGGAGAAAAACUUGAAACAGCUGAAAAAGUGCGCAUAACACCGUUGGAACCCGAAACUUGUGCCAAAUUGUGCGUGUCCCGAGAUCUCAUCAAAUUGUUACACGAGCUGAACUCUCUGAAACAAUUCGUUACUAUGAGAACUACGCCCACCUACUGUUCUUUGUUUAAUCUUCUGGUUGGCGCCAGUUUAGCUCUCAAUCUCCAUCAUUUUGCCGAUGAGUCAUGUGCAGAAUUUCACGUUGAUGAGACCCGAUGCCACACGUACUUGUCUGUUAACGGAGAAGUAAAGAAACCGCCAUUAUUGGUUAUCUCUCUCGACGGCUUCCGGUCCGAUUAUCUCGGGAGAUUAGUGCUGGCAUCCUCCACGAAUGGACUUCUUCGUCUGGCCCGGUGUGGUGUCAAAGCGGCUUCCAUGAUUCCCGUCUUCCCCACCGUCACCCUUCCGAAUCAUUACUCCAUCGUCACAGGUUUGUAUCCGGAAUCGCACGGUAUCGUAGCCCACGAAUUUUACGAUCCUGAACUCGGGCGCAACUUCAGUUUGCCGGCUGCCGGUUUUAAUUUUUCCGACCCGAAUUUACUCGAUCCCCUAUGGUGGACGGGCGAACCCAUUUGGUACACCCUUAAACGGCAAGGUAAAAAGAGUGCUGCCUUCUUCUGGCCUGGAUCUUACAUCGACGACCCCGAUCGGCGACCAGAUUAUUGGCUACCUUAUGACGGGAAAAUUCCGUUCCAACAGCGGGUUAGUCAAGUUAUAGAAUGGCUACAGCUUCCUCAACCGAACCGACCAAGUUUUAUCGGUUUAUAUCUAGAAGAACCUGACGGCUCAGGCCACAGUAACGGCCCUUGGUCACCAUUGGUGGACGAACAGAUUGCAAUAGUAGAUAAUCAAAUCAAACUAUUACUCAAUACCAUGGCUGCCAAUGGACUUCUCGGAUGUGUUGAUAUAAUCGUUCUCUCAGACCACGGAAUGGCAUCAGUUCCGUUUGAAAAGAACGUUGUGAAACUUGACGAAAUGGUCAAAGAUAUUGGUAGCUCGGCGUACUGUUUUGAUUGCGCAGAAGGCUUAACUCCGACACUCCUUCCGGUCAACGAUUCACAGAUGGCAAGAGAUAGAAUCGCCUCGAAGGUGGAGUGCCGCAACGAGGACAUGCGCAUCUACGACAAGUGGGAUUUUCCUCGCCGUCAUCACUAUGCAGACAGUCGGAGAAUAUCCAGCCUCCUCUUCGAUCUCGGCAUUCAUUGGAGAGCGAUAGUUGGCACGGAAGAUUACUUGCCGGGAGGUCACGGAUGGGACAACAUUUAUAGCGACAUGGCAGCCAUAUUCGUGGCUCAGGGACCAUCAUUUCGUCGUGACGGCUCGACGGUGGAUCCAUUCUACAAUAUCGAAUUGUACAAUUUAAUGUGCUUACUGACUGAUGUUAGUCCAGCCCCCAAUAACGGUACAUGGGGUGCUUUGCAUCAUUUAUUGGCCAAAAAGCCAUCAGAGCUGCCUGUCAACGAUAUCGUUGCUACUUACAUUCUUGAUUAUCCGCUGGAUAGUCACGGGCAGCGAACGCAGUACAUGGAUCACCAGAAACGUAGACGAGUUUGCGAUCUCCUCUCUGGCAAUAAUGAUCCUCGACAAAAUUUAGGAUUUAACCUGACGGAAUCAGCUGCGAAGCAAUUGGUAGAACUGCACGCUCCUUGGGGUUUGCCAGGUUUCAACAAGACAGGCGUGAAAGUGCUUAUCAGUUCUGAUUUCAUCAUCGGUUUUAACGUCCAAGACGGGAUACCAUCUUGGGUAUCCUAUACCCUUUCGAAUAGUACCAGACUAUCAAAUGAUUCACUUACCCCAUCGUGGCGAACUGAUCCACGUCUUCGAGUUUCUGACGUUUCUAUUUGUGAUCGUCUGAAAGAAAAUCCACAAUCGUCUUCAUUGCUUUUGGCUCCGCUCUUUUUCCCUAGGCUUAGCAGUUCGUUACGGCAUCUGACGGAUGCGUGGGUAGAAACCAACGCUAUCGAAAUCUCUGAAGCUUUCGAAAAGUAUUGGGAAUACAUUGAAGCCACGAUUGUACAGCUUUCGGCUGACCUUCCUGGACGAUUGAACGUCUUAGCCGGGCCAGUGAGGAACUCACCCAGUCCGGCAAUUUUCCUCGUCGUUUCCUACUGUCCCGAUCGAAUUGAGUUCGGUUGCUCUGAAGAUCAAUUGGACGUCCAAUCUUUCAUGUUUCCGACUCACCUUCACUACAGCCGAGACUGUUUAUCGACGGAUCUUUUUUCACGCAGUCACUUAACAACUGUGCGUGACGUAGAGAGGGCUUCCGGACUCCAUCUUUUCCAAUCGCUUUCCAGCGAAGCUAAGGUUCAAUUGUUGAGGUGCACUCCUUUGGCUUCUAGUUUAUUAGUUGACCCUCGUCCCAUUGAAAAAAUUUUUUUUACGGAUAAAAAUUCCGCAUCAGAUGAAGCUACUACUCUAACCUUUUUUUCUCGAUGGGUCUUUAGUAUGUUGUCACUAAUUGUAAGUGCAAUUUGGAAUAAUUUCAACGCUGAUGUUAAAUUUCCUUAAAGAUUUAACUGUUUUCUUCAUUAAUGCUUAUAAGUCAGUAAUAUCUUAGAAGCCACUUUUUUGGAUUUAGAUUGAUUCUGGCUUUUCUUGUAUGAAGAAAUAAAUCCUUUAGAUACGAUAACACAACAAGCGAAUAAGCUUGAAUUUACUUGGAUUUUUACAUUUACUGCUUCUUGGUUUAAUAAUCUCUGGCUUCUAAUAUACACAGAUAAGCGA